GUUCCAGUUUCAGAAUGGUAAAGAAGGUGCUGAUAGUGUUUGCUCACCAGAGCUCUGGAUCAUUCAAUGCUGCAGCCAAAAAUGCUGCUGUAGAGGCUCUGACUGCCCAGGGCUGCACAGUGGAGGUCUCUGACCUGUAUGCCAUGAGUUUUAAAGCCACUGCUACAGCUGAGGACAUCAAAGGAGAAGUGAAAAAUGCAGAGAACUUCUGUUAUCUUGAGGAGACCAAACUUGCAUGGGAACAGGGGAAACUGUCGGAUGACAUCACCAAGGAGCAAUCGAAGCUGACUGAGGCAGACCUCAUCAUUUUUCAGUUCCCCAUGUAUUGGUUCAGUGUUCCUGCCAUCCUGAAGGGCUGGAUUGACAGAGUUCUCACCAAUGGCUUUGCUUUCUCUAAAGAGAAGCGCUACAGCCAGGGAGUCUUCAAGGACAAGAAAGCCAUGUUGUCCUUCACCACCGGAUCUCUGGAAUCCAUGUUCAGCCCCACUGGCAUUAACGGAGACAUGAAUGUUACACUGUGGCCCCUACAGAAUGGUAUCCUGCACUACUGUGGCUUCCAGGUUCUGGCCCCUCAGAUCUUCUGGGCUCCUUCUUCUGCUGCACCUGAAGAUCGCAAGAGCAUGCUGGAGAGCUGGCGCACAAGACUGCAGAGUCUCCUGGAAGAGAAGCCCCUGUCCUUCAUGCCCUUGGACUGCUUUGAUGAGAAGGCUUUCCAGUUGAAGCCUGACAUCUAUGAGAAGCACGCUGGCAAAGAGUUCGGGCUUACUGUGGGCAUCCACCUGAACAAACCACUACCCCCUCACAGCCAGAUGAAGGCUGGGUGCUAAUGAGAUGUCAUGUCUUCUAUUGUAUAUCUGCUUUAAUUGUAUGUUU